UUAAACGAACGCGAGUUAGGUCAGGCAGAGGUAACGGUAGAGACAAAGGAGUUGGAGCAGUGGGCAAAGGAGGAAGGUGGAGCUUUACGUGCUGACGUAAAGCCGUGAAGUGCGUAUAUUACGGCAGUUGCCAAGCUCUGUACUUCAGAGAGCGGUCCCCUGACAUCUUCAUAAGCUGGAUCUGCACUGAGUCUCCGCGUCCUCGAUUCGCUUCAGGCAUGAGUCAUGUGGCGGUGGAAAAUGCGCUUGGUCUGGACCAGCAGUUUGCUGGUCUAGACCUGAACUCUUCUGAUAAUCAGAGUGGAGGGGCAAGUACAGCAAACAAAGGGCGUUAUAUACCUCCUCACUUAAGGAACAGAGAAGCAUCUAAAGGAUUCUAUGAUAAAGGCAGUUCAGGAUGGAGUUCUAGUAAAGAUAAGGACGCAUACAGCAGUUUUGGGUCUCGAGAUUCAAGAGGAAAGUCCAGUUACUUCAGUGAUCGUGGCAGCGGAUCAAGGGGAAGAUUUGAUGAUCGUGGUCGGAGUGACUAUGAUGGUAUCGGCAGUCGUGACAGGACUGGCUUUGGCAAAUUUGAUAGGAGUGGACACAGUCGUUGGUGUGAUAGAUCAGAUGAAGAUGAUUGGUCAAAACCACUUCCACCAAGUGAACGCUUGGAGCAGGAGCUGUUUUCUGGAGGAAACACUGGGAUUAACUUUGAGAAAUAUGAUGAUAUUCCAGUAGAGGCAACCGGCAAUAACUGUCCUCCACAUAUUGAAAGUUUCAGCGAUGUUGAGAUGGGAGAAAUUAUUAUGGGGAAUAUUGAGCUUACUCGUUAUACUCGUCCUACUCCAGUACAAAAACAUGCCAUUCCUAUUAUCAAAGAAAAAAGAGAUUUGAUGGCUUGUGCCCAAACAGGGUCUGGAAAAACUGCAGCAUUUCUUUUGCCCAUCUUGAGUCAGAUUUAUGCAGAUGGUCCAGGCGAGGCUUUGAAAGCUGUGAAGGAAAAUGGAAGGUACGGACGCCGUAAACAAUAUCCAAUCUCUUUGGUUUUAGCCCCAACAAGAGAAUUGGCUGUACAGAUCUAUGAGGAAGCCAGAAAAGUAAAUACAUAUUUUAUUGAUUCUUCCUAUGAUUCAUUGAUUCUAAUGAUGUUUUUAAUCCCACCAAAAGGUGUUCGCCACACAAUGAUGUUUAGUGCUACUUUUCCUAAGGAAAUACAGAUGCUUGCUCGUGAUUUCUUGGAUGAAUAUAUCUUUCUGGCUGUAGGCAGGGUUGGUUCCACCUCUGAGAACAUCACACAAAAAGUAGUUUGGGUGGAAGAGUCAGACAAACGGUCAUUUCUUCUUGAUCUCUUAAAUGCAACAGGGAAAGACUCACUGACUUUAGUGUUUGUGGAGACCAAAAAGGGUGCUGAUUCUCUGGAGGAUUUCUUAUACCACGAAGGCUAUGCUUGUACCAGCAUCCAUGGAGACCGAUCACAGAGAGAUAGAGAGGAAGCCCUUCACCAGUUCCGAUCAGGAAAAAGCCCAAUUCUAGUGGCUACAGCUGUGGCGGCAAGAGGACUAGACAUUUCAAAUGUGAAACAUGUUAUCAAUUUUGAUUUGCCAAGUGAUAUUGAAGAAUACGUACACCGGAUUGGCCGUACGGGACGUGUAGGAAACCUUGGCCUUGCGACCUCAUUCUUUAAUGAAAGAAAUGUAAAUAUCACAAAAGAUUUGUUGGAUCUUCUUGUUGAAGCUAAACAAGAAGUGCCAUCUUGGUUAGAAAAUAUGGCUUAUGAACACCACUAUAAGGGUAGCAGUCGUGGACGUUCUAAGAGUAGAUUCAGUGGAGGAUUUGGUGCCAGAGACUAUCGACAAAGUAGUGGUUCCAGCAGUUCUAGUUUUAGUAGUAGUCGUUCAAGCAGCAGCCGCAGUGGUGGAGGUGGUCAUGGCAGCAGCAGAGGAUUUGGUGGAGGUGGCUAUGGAAGCUUCUACAAUAGUGAUGGAUAUGGAGGAAAUUACAACUCCCAGGGGGUUGACUGGUGGGGCAACUGAACCUGCUUUGCAGCAAAGUCAACCCUUUCAAAUCAAAACAAGUUAAUACAGAAACCACAUGUAACUUAGACUAUAAUGUUUAGCUUCAAGAACUUGCAGUACAUUACCAGCUCUGAUUCUGAAAAUUCACAGGAGCUCACAGUUACAAGAAAGAACAAUCAACAAGCCCUUUUCAGAAGCUGAAGACUUAAGUGCUGUAGUUUGGAUUAACUCUUCUCCUGUUUAUUUCCCAUCCCAAACUGCAUUUAUAAUUUUACAACUUGAGAAUCAUUUGUUUGUUAAUGUACUGUGACUUUAACUUUAGACAACUUAUUGUUUUGUUGUCCUGUUGGCUCAGUAAUGCUCAAGAUACCAAUUGCUUUGACAAAAUAAAUUUGCUGAACUCAGGCUAAAAUCGAA